CCCACCAUGGAUCAGAAUAGCAGUCCACCUAGUCCCGUAUCCUAUCUCUGACAGGCACCAGAACCCUCCAGAAGGCAUCUAGGGAAUAAUCUACCCCCUACACAGGAGUCACCUUGAUCGCUAGAGGUUAGAGAUUGGUUUAAGGGCUGAAGCAUGAGGUUUAAUAUCACUUUCAAAUUUUUUUGUCACUAAUUAUGACAACUCUGCCUAUUCUUUAUCCAUAUAAAUAUCCAAUCCCUUUAUUGAAUCUAAUUAAAUUCUUGACCAUAAUGACUUCCUGUGUCAGAGAGUUCCAGAUUAAUUACACAUUAUGUGAAAAAGUAUUUCUUUUUAUUGGUUUUGAAUAUCCCACCUUUAAAUUUAAUUGAAUGUUCUCUAGUUCUUGUGUUAGGAGAUAGAACUACAGCUCCAGCUCUGUAGUCUCUAAACCAUAUGCUUUUAUUAUCUCCCAUUCAUCUCCUUUCUCCAGGAGAAACAAUCCCAGUCUUCUCAAUUUCUCUUCAAGUGAGAGGUUUUUCCCAGCCUUGGAUUACUAUUGUCCCUCCUCUCCAAAUCCCCCCUCCCAGUUUUGCAAAAGUGAAAGAGAAACACACUCACACCCCAAGUACUGAGGGCUGAAAGCCCCUCCAAGUUUGAGCCCUCCACCAAAACAAAGCAAGGCAACAUCUGAUAAGGUAGAACAUAGGCAAAGAACUCUAGGGGGAAAUUUUAAAAAAUAAACAAAAAACAUACACCUCCCCAUUUCAUUUUCUAUUAUAGGUCACAAGCAUAGCUGCUCUAUAUCUUAGAUACACUCCAUUGAACUAUACCAGUCCAACUACACGUAAAAGUAUUCUUAGGAGAAUAAAAAGCAACUAUUUAAUCUUUAAGUAAAUGGAAAAGUCUCUAAAUUAUGCUCUUAUCUUCUUUAAAGAGUCACUACCAUACCCCGCAGAAAAUCUAAUGCAGCAACAGAUCUAUGCAUUAUUUUCACUUGUUGUUGAUUUUGUCACAAUGACAUGAGCAGAGCAAGUUUCCAAGGAAUUCCAAAUACAUGUUGGAUUGCAUUUGAAAAGGUGUUUUAGCACAAAACAAAUACUCCAGGCACUAUAUAAAUGCUUUACAGCAGCAGCCAUAUGAUAAACAAGAAAUCUCAGGUAGGUAACCUUUGAGACUGCCUUUUUUGUUUUCCUACACACUUCCUCUCUCCUGUCCCCUCUCCUACAGUUUUACAUUUUUCUACUUGUGGAGGGAAAUAAGGUAAGUUUCAUACAAUUUUAUUUCUUAUUAAAGUAAUAAACUCAACUAUAAAAGCUGGAUCUCUGUAAGGCGACCAACUACCUCAUAUACAUCUACCUUUACUAAACAUUACAAAUUUAUCUGAAAUCAGUUCAUGAAAAAUUGGGGGUUGAAUCUGGACUCAAGGAAAUAAAUGAAGUGUUACUAAAAACCAUAUUAUGUUUUCCUAUCUUUAUUAAGUUUUCAGGUUUGAUAUAGUCUAUGCCCAAGACACUCAUGUUUCUCAGAAGCACUAUGCUGGGAAUACUCCUUAUCUGCAUUCUCUGGACAGAGACUACUAUGGCUGGAUCUAGUUUUUUAAGCCCUGAAUAUCAAAACACACAGGUAAAAUUAGGUAUAUUUUACUUUUCUUCCCUCUUCUUCCAAAACUACUACUUGAGACAAAAUAAUUUUUUAUAAUACUCAGAAAAACCUAACAGACUGCCUCAACUUAAGAAGGUACAAGUUCUGCCAAAGGAGAGGUUUAUCCCAAUUCCCAGAUGAGUAACGUAAACCAAUAGGGCUGCAUCCAUAGUAGGAAAAUUAGGACCCACAAUUCUGCAGUGGUGACAACAAAGGGGGAUGUUGUAACAUAGUCAGGACUUUGAUGACUUUACCACUGUUGUCUGCUUACAGCAAGGUAAGAAAACAGCGUAGACAAAAAACCCUGUCUACACUACAGCUCCCACCUAAUGAAGCUGCCCAUAUGGUGAAUUAUGGGCUCUAAUUUUCCUAUUGUAGACAAUUUCCUAACUGUUUGUCUAUGGAUAGAGUAUUUACACUUUGUUUUGGUUACUUUCCAGCAACGAAAGGAUCCAAAAAAGCAUACAAAGUUAAAUCGCCGGGCUGCAGAAGGAUUUUUGGAUGCAGAUGCAAGGCAGGCAGAAGGAGACAACAAUGAAAUAGAGAUUAAGCUUAAUGUUCCCUUUGAAAUUGGUGUCAAGAUAACAGAAGACCAGUACCAGGAGUAUGGACAAGUGCUGGAGAAGAUACUAGAGGACAUUCUUGCUGAGGAUACUAAAGAAACCCGAAAUUGGCAUGAGUUGAAACAUGAAGAUGUUACAAACUGAUUAGAGUACAACAAAGUUCCACUCAUUGGCUUGGAUUGCUUUAAAUCUUGCUUUACCAUUGUGCAACAGAUGAUAAUAGCAUGCAUUAAAAGACAAAUGCAUGAAGCUGAACAGUU